CCCUUCUCCACCUUUUCAAUUCACUUCAACCUUCUUAAUCAUCUAUCUCACAUUCUUCACCUCUUUAUUUCUCUCUACCAAAUUAAAACCAAUCUCAAACACCAGAAACAUUUUUCAAAUCAAAAUCAACAAACAUGAGAAGCAUCACAACAUCUUCAACUAGUUACUCAUCAUUAGCACCUUCAUCCACAGCUUCAAUGAUGAAUCACUCAUCAUGGCACUCACCAAUUCCUUACCUUUUUGGAGGCUUAGCAGCCAUGUUAGGUCUCAUAGCUUUUGCACUGUUAAUUUUAGCUUGUUCUUAUUGGAGACUCACUGGUCAAUUACUAGACGAAGAAAAUAACAGCAACAACAGAAACAUGGAGAAUGAAAAAGAAGGUGAAAAUUCAAACAAAGAAUCUGUGAAAGUUUAUGAAGAGAAAGUUCUUGUCAUUAUGGCUGGUGAUCAGAACCCAACGUUUUUAGCUACACCUGUUUUUCCAAAAUCAUCUUCUGUUAUGAAUCUAGAUGCGAAUCACUCGGAUGAACAACGCGAAAACCAUGAAACUGUUGAGAAAUCAGAGAAAGAAGAAAUGGAAACAGAAGAACAGAGUCAGUCAGUAACAUAAUUUGUUUUUAUUUUCUUAAUUUUAUCUAUUUUCUUCCAUGAUUCGGGAAGUGUAAAUUUAAGAUGAGAUAAAUUUGUUAUAAUCUGAAAUUAAUAAUUUCUUAUAAUCUUUGGUGUUAUGACUUA